AUGGCUCCGUCCACAUUCCGCAAUCCGAAUCACUAUGUGUUGAGAACACUACCGGAACCAUUAGGUCGUCACGAAUCCCACAGGCUCUGCCACAUUUCUCUUCUCGCGUCAAACACCAUUGCACUCAUUCUUGCUACGCCGGCGCUCAUUAUCCUCCAUAUUCCAGCAGGUGCCAUGAAGCGCUUUGGGUACAAGAAGUCCCGGGAUGGAUGUACGAUAUGCAAGCAAAGAAGAGUUAAAUGUGACGAGAAGAGGCCUUGCGGUGCAUGUGUUCGCCACGGAGUGAUAUGCAGCCUUAUAGAUGGUCAAGAUGCUCCAACAGCAGGGGCUCAAUCUAUGAGAGCACAUCCGCUCCGAGAGAGACUGAGGCUACGUCCUUCGUCGGAAUCCAGCGUGCCUAAGUUAAAACGACAACGAAGCUCACUCAUGUCCGUUCCACUGAUACCGCGCCCUUCCAUUGAGCGAGUAUAUUCUCCCUGUAAUCCCAGUGCGGAGGAGAAACGAGACCCAUGCGAAAGUGAGGCUGCUUUCCCAUACUUUGCUCGAUUCCUGGUUGAUCUUGAUCCAUCGGCGUCACCCAAAGACGGAUGGAUCUUGGAUCUCGAGCUCAUGCAUCACUUUACGUCCACAUCCUACCUAACCUUUUCUUCUUCGCCAAUGGUACAGAAGGUCUUUCAGUCAAAUAUCCCAAAUGAAGCCUUCAACCACCCGUUUCUUCUGCAUCAAAUACUCACCUUCUCUGCAUAUCACAAGGCAUUCCUCCAACCUAGCCAACGACAUAUCUACCUACCAUACGCUGCGAAGCACCAAAAUGAUGCUAUUAACCAAAUGCGUCCUGCUCUCGCCGACAUCAAUUCCUCUAAUUGCCACGCAAUUUUCGCAACAUCGACACUUCUGACCCUGAGUGCCUUUGCGACGUAUCCAAGUCAGGAGAAAUACGACCCUGCCUUUUCGUCUAUCCCUAGUAUGCUUGAUAUUUUUACAUUGACCACAGGUAUGCGCACAAUUUUCCGCACGUGGGAUCAAGAUCUUCGAAAAGGGCCGCUGGGUGACUUUUUUUCCAAUGGUUUCCGAAAUACCGUGGUUCGCACGGUAGACGUAAAGCUUCAACCCCUUUUCGACCAGCUUUCUUAUGUCGUCUACAAGCUCAUGGAAUUGCGUCUCCCUCGCUUCGAAUAUGACGUUGUCAACGAGGCGCUGCUAUCCUUGAUCGAAUGCGUCACCAAAGUCUCCUCGGCAAACACCUUGACUGCGCCUGCUGAGUUUCGCGCUCUACUCAUGUGGCCGGGAUCGAUGUCCAAAGACUACCUAGUACUACUUCGAGAGCAGCACCCAGCUGCACUAAUGUUGUUAGCGCAUUUCUGCGUUGUAGCGCACAUGGCAGAACCGUUUUGUUGGUUUUUAGAAGGCUGGGCAAAGGCUUUGAUGGCUGUCAUCACGGCACAGAUUUGUGACAGCCCCUGGGCCGAAUUCAUAAAGUGGCCUCAAGGGAUUGUGACGAUGAACAUACAUAGAAGUUCCUGA